AUGGAGAUUUUCAACCUUUUGCUACUUUUGAGUAUUAUGGUAGAGCACCACUUAGUUUCUGCAGGUUGUUUAGGUAAAUGCUGCAAUGCCCGUGACAUGAGUUGCACUUCCACCGACUGGAGGAUGGACCGCAUCUAUGGGAUGUGCUACUGUGACCGCGGUUGCGCCACAACGCGGGAUUGCUGCUUCGACUACUUCUCCCACUGCCCAGCCCAAGCUUGUACCGUGAACGCUUGGAGCUUCUGGAGCGGCUGCGCGGAAUCAUGCCGGCCCUCCUGGAGAGCACGAGUACGACACAUAACAGAGCGGCCCGCUAACGACGGCGACCCCUGUCCGCCCCUGGAAGAGCGGGCCGGCUGCAUGGACUACAGAGACCGCAGGGGAACCCCAUGUGGACUGGACACAGGGCCUGCGUUCAUUACUAGCAUGGAGUUUGGCAAGAGAAGACCAAAGAGGGACGUGCACGGGAGCCCUUUAAAUGACGGGUUCUGCAUAGAAUUCUCCUUGGAAUCACGCUCGCCUCACUGCGCGGCAGAGAACCGGCCACACGCGCACUGGAUGCGCUACUUCACCGAAGGCUUCACGGUGUGCGUGGCGUGCCAGCCACCCGCUAUGCGCAACCACAGCAGCAGCUGUCAAGGAGAUGGUCAAGAAAGAGACAGGGACACUGUGCUGCAAUGGCAGGCAGUAGGAAACCCCCGAUGCAGCGGCACAUGGAGGCGGAUCCGCAAAACGCAACAGUGCAACUGCCCGCCACAGCACAGCUUUGUAUUCAUCUAA